AUGAAACGACUACGAGAAAUCCAAUCGCUUCUGGACGAGCUGAAGGCGUUGGACAAAGAUGAGCUGAAUUUUUGCGAAGAAUGGGACGUCGUCUCCGAGGAAAUCGUUCAGGUUUCUACUUGGAGUGAAUUUUCAGAAGAAUUCCGUGUUUAGAAAUUUUUUACGCUUCACCGAUUACUUUCGAGGAAGCUACUGCUAAAUUUCGAUUUUUUUUUUUCUUGAAUUUUGGUUUUUUUUUUUCAGUGAAGCGUCAGUAUUAACAAGAAUAGGGGAUCUUUUGAAGCCUCGAAAUUUUUUUCCAGGUGCUUUCAACUUUUAGGAACUAUAGAAAUUUUCAAAAGAACAUGAAAAAUAAGAAAAUUUUCAGUUGAGAAUAGAAAAAUAAGAGUAUUUGAAAGUUAUAUUGCAUUAUCUCGGUCCAUGAAAGUUAAAAAAAAGUCCUUUGAAAUCAAUUUUCGUAGUUCUUAACCGAAAUUCUCAAAUUCCACCAUUCGGUUCUCAGCUCAUCCUUCGAUGAGCCAUUCUAAGUGCGGCCAUAAGAUUGCAACUUAUGGCGAAUAAAUCAUUUUUGAAAACGGGUAACAACAAUUUUAAUUCAAUUUCCAGAAGUUGGCAACGAUCCGAAAAGAGUGCGAACGUUCCUCGCGACUCAAAGCCACACUAUUGACCCCGCCCCAAUCGAGCUCUUCUAGCAGUGUUCAUUGUGAAUUUUUCACUUAGUUUAAAUAUUCUAUUCAAAAAAAGUCUUUACUUUGGUGGUUUAGUGGCGUUUGAAAAAAAAAUCCAGAGAAAAAGGUUUAUUUUAAGUUUUCUAGACUUCUUAGCGAGGACUUCAGACUCGAAUUGUUCUAAACGUGAAUAGAAAUUCUUGCAGCCGACAGUUCCGUAUUCUCCGACCAAGCCUACACACAAGCCGCCGAGGCUUUCGAUCGCCAAAUUUACUCGCGAUGCGUUCAAAUCGUCGAAAAAGCCAAUCGACAAGCUCCCGUCGAUAUGUGAAUAACGAAAGAAAUUUUUCAAAAAAAAAAACUGUUUUUAGGUCUCUAAUCUCGCUUGCUCAUCAUUCCUAUGCGGCGCUUGUUGAGGAGGCUGACACCAGCGAAGACGCCCUUAAAUUCGCCCGCUGGUGGGCCGAGUUUCUUGGUUUUGCUCCAUUUUCGAGGAAAAUUCAUUAUUUCUGACCUGCAGAUUCGGUUGAAGCUGGACGAGCUCAUUCUGAAAAGAUUGAACUGCUGGAUUAUGAGGCAACGGCGCUGGAGAAAGUUUGCCGGUUGAAUGAACCGACUUGCGAUGAAGACGUCUUCAACUUGAUUGAAGUCGUCGUUCGUAAUUUUAAGGUUCAGAUUUAGAAAAAAAACUUUCAAACACUCCAGCUAGAUUGAAAUAAAAAACUUUCAAACACUUCAGCUAGAUUGAAAUUAAAAACUAUGGCCGAUUCAUGGAAAACCUGGAGAGCGAAGAGGCGGGGCCAACAAAGCACUGUCCUUUUUUAAAUCGUGUCAGAUCCCUUUUUGAAAGCUAAAGCCAGCCGUAAAUCAGUUAUAUCUCUCAAAAAAAUUUUUUUGGAAAAAAAUAGUUCAAAUUACAGAUGGUCAGUCUCCUACACCGCCCUUAUCACUUAAUGAGCGUGAGAAGGCUUCAAAAACUGUGCAACAUUUUGCAAACUCUGAAAGAAGUUUAUGAAGGUAAAAAAAAAUACAGUAAUACUCGGGCAAAACUGAAAAGCUCCCCAAAAGCUUUUCUUAAAAAAAGACCUUGAAAGGGUCCCCAGCAGAUCUUUUUUACAUCAUUUCAAUUCUUUUUUGCAUAUUUUUCAUAUCCUCUGACAAAAAGGAUGCUGGAAAGCAACUAAAAAGAUUCAAGAGGAUUCAAAAAGGAUCCUCUGAGGCUAUGAAAAAGGUACUCAAAAAGCUUUUUUUACAUCAUUUUAGGAGCUUUUAGAGGAAGCUUUUUAUCUCCCUCUCAGGAUCCUUUAAGGAUCCUCAAAGGAACUUUUCCGUUUUACCUAUGUAUAUACUCAAAAUAAUGAUUUUUUUUUAGAGCGAGAAGAAUUUAUCGAUGCCCUCGGCGUGAUGGACCACGGAUUGAGAAUAGCGAUGAGAGAUCGCGACAAAGUAGCUUCGGCCAAAAGAAACGACGAACAACGAAUUUUGGUGAGAAAUAACAAAUUUCCGAAGGGAAAAUUUUGUUUCAAGAUCGAGGAGAUUCUGCACGAUAUUUCAACGAUGGAAAUCGUUGGAGAAAGAAUAUUUGAGAGCGUGAGUUCUCCAAAUUUCAAACAGAAACCUUUCCUCAUUUUCCAGAAGUCACCCCCUCCCAAUUUGAUCCAAACGACUUAUUUGAACUUAUCUAGAAGUCCUGCGCAAAUGUCAACUGAACACAUUGUUGUGCGAUUAUAACCCGGUGGAUAAAAUUAUCAAAUUUUAUUUUAAAACAAAAAAAAAUUCGGAAUUGAUUGAAAAUUUUCGGGUAAAAUAAAAAUUCAAGUUGCCGCGCGGCAAGUACGAACCGCUGCGCAUGCGCAUCUAACAUACGGUAUAUCGAUUGAUUUUUCAAUAAGUUUUUGGCGGCACUUCAAUAUUUUUUUUCCUUUUUUCGCUUUCUUCGUGUGUUGUUUAAUUAUUCAAAUAAUCUGUGAUUUUUUUCAUGUCUAAACCAUCCUGUCACCUCUAAUUUCAGUUUUCUCAUCCAUUUUUCUCGAGAAAUUGUUUUUUUUUUUUUACAUGAUAGCUUACCUAAUUAAUAUUCUCGCAUUUUUUGAUUAAUAACUUUUUUUUUCCAUGUGUGUUUUGAAUAUUAAGAUGAAUAACGAUAAAUUGUUUUUAUUUCCUUCCGACCUACAGGAUGAAGUGAGCAGAAUAAUAUCGAUCCGAAAAAAAACGCGUACAGAUUUUUUUCAUUUUGAAUGUUUGCAAUGAUUUUUUUCUUCGAGAAGAUGGAAGUUUGAAAAGUUUUUCAUCCUAGGCGUUCGGGGUGUUUUUCAAUGAUAGAUUUUUUUUUAAAUUUUUUAAUUGACAAAGAUCGUAAUAUUAUUUCUAUCUGCAAAGAUAUUUGCAUAACCGUUGUACUUCAUUCGUCGUCCACUAAAUUAUUUCGCAACUAUUUAGUUUCGAUGUUUUUCAAUGAGUUUUUGUUUCAGUUCCUAUGGCAUCGCCAGCAAUGUUAGGGCCGUACGGUGAACUAGCUGCUCAGCAGCAACGGUGUCCACCAAUACCCACACCACAGGCAUACGUUAGCACGACGCCAGGCGGCCAAGGAGCGAUCCCACUGUACCCGACAGGCGCCACAGCCAUUGUACCAGCCGCACCAGCAUUUGAACUGAUACCAAACCGCAUUUUCGUCGGUGGAUUCCUCCCAAAUGUAAUUUUUUUGACAUUAAUGAAUGGAAAACGAAAAAAAUUGUUUGAAAAUUUUGAAAGCGCUUACAGUUUACCUUCAAACUUUUUUUUCUAUAAAGGAAAGUUGUUUUAAAUUUCUAUAAAUGCUUUCAGACCACGGAAACUGAGAUGCGUCAGCAUUUUGAGAAAUUUUGCCCAGUUAAAGACGUAAAAUUGAUUCGGUCACCGGCCGAUGGUACAUCUAAAGGUUUCGGAUUCGUCACUUUUGAAACGGAUGAGGAUGCAGAAUACGUGCGGAGUUUGGUAGGAGACAAUCAGAAGUUUAUUUUCAAAAAAACAAUCUCAGUCACCGGAGCAGGUCGAGUUCAAGAACAGAAAGCUGAAUCUCGGACCUGCGCUAAGGAAACUCGUGAAUGGCGCUUGUCCAGCAGGUAAAUAUCGGAAAAAAAUAUUCAUUACUUGUUGUCAUUUUUUGAAAAUUUUUAUUAGAGUCAUAUACCAUUUUAAAUUGUGUUCACGUAAAUUCAACUUGACCGGAAAAUGACGAUAUUUUUAUAGCUUCAACUAAGAAAUUAACUUUUCCUGAAAACUCGAGAUUAAUUUCUUUGAGGAUGCGCUAUUGCCACCCCACAAGGCCAGAUUUUCUCGCCAACCGUUGCACCAUAUGGAUUCGCCUAUCCAAGUGCUCCAGCUCCAUAUAUAAUAUAUCCUGCACCAGUAUGCACCCUUAUAAUCUUGUGAAUGUUUUUUUCGUUCAGGUCACCGUGAUUCCCAGCUCCUCCUCGACUUCAAUCGUCACUUUGCAAGCGACUCCGCCAGCUUCGCCUCCGCCACAAGAUGCUCAAACUUCUCAGUCGCCACCUUCCAAUUCACCCCAACAAAUGAAUGAAAAUGCGCAGAGAAGCUACGCCAACGCGGUGGCUGGCGGAAGUUCAUAGUUAUUCAAGAUACUUUUUGAUAAGACAAUUUGUUAAGAUACGGGAACGAAUCAGCAAAAGCCGAUGCAGGUUGCCGCGAAUCCUUUGACGCCAAAUGGAUCCAUGCAUAAUAACAUGUCACUGAAUAGCUCUUACCAACAGGCCGCCUUCAAUAAUCCGCAGUAUCAAGCGGUUCAGCAACAAAUGCCGGUGAACAAAUGGGGAACGAAGGAUUGAACCCUGAUUUUAAUUUGAAAAAUGUCUUUUUCCGCCUUUUUCAGUCUAUUUUUUUUGCAAAUCGUCGUUUUUUUUAGAUUACCACAUACUUUCUGGUAUCUGUUAGGUAAUACUGUGUGUGAAGUUCAAACUACAAGAAGCAGUAAUAAGGCUUCAAAAGUUAUUCAGCUUAUAAGAAGAUAAUUUUUAGUUUGGGUUUACUUCUGCUUCAAGAGAUUUUUGUCUUUUCCCAGCCCUCUCUCUCAAAUUAAUUCACAGAAUGGGGUUUUUUUGGUUCUCCAUUAGAAUCAUCUCACUUUUUGAGCAGUUUCAGUGAAAAAAAAACUGAAAAUUAAAGCGUUAUACGUUUUUCAAAAAAUAAAAAAUAGAAGAAGAUUUUUUUUUAGCUGUCUCCGAGAGACAUCAGCUUCAUAAAAAAGUUUCAAUUUGAGAGAAAGAAGUCCAUCAGGCCCAAAAUGAUCAAAAAAUUCAGCAACAAGUCUUCGCUGGCCCGACUCCCCUCAUGGCCAACCAGUACUACUACGCGGCUAAUCAAUACGAUCAGACGCCGAUGGCCAGCAGUCCUUUGCCCAAUUCCAACCAACAGUUCACUUAUCCAGGGCCACAAGUCACCUAUAUGCAGCCGAUUUCUGUUAGUAAAGAGAAAGAAAAACCGUUUUUUCAAAAAAAGUACAAAAUGGGGUAUUGAAGCUCAAAAAUUUAUUAUUCUUCAUCAAAAUGUUUCCUUUUUAGUUGCCGUUUAAUCGAUUUUUUUUAAGUUCUAGCAAUUCUUAUAAUCCAAAAAAUAAUUUAUUACAUUACCUAUUUUUCUUCAGAACUACGAACCGAACAACGCGCAGCCGUACAUACCCAACGGGAUGGUUCAGCAACAUCCGAUGCCUCAGGAACAGUACGGCUAUCAGCCGUAUCAGCAGAUGAACUACGGCAAUCCCAAUAACAUGUACUACCCGGUCACUCAGUACCGUAUGAUGUGUGAACCACCGCAGUAUUCCUAUGGUGUCAGUUAUGCCGGAACCGAUGUUCAGGUCUAUUAUUUUUGUCGGUUUGAGGUUGAAAAUUGGAAAAAAAAAAGAAGAAAGGAAUUCUAUACAUAGCUUCUCUCUCAGAUUGUGAAAAUUGGGAAAGCAUUUUUUUUUUGUGGUUCAAUGUGUUUUUUCUUGUCACUACCGGUUUUUAAAAAAAGACUGGCUGUUUUUUUUUAAUUUUCUAGAAGUUACUUCAGUUGUAGAGAACUUCCAGAAUUUUCCUUCAACUAAUCUUUUUUUUUGCGCCUUUCGUCAUACUUAUUGAAAUUCUUUUUUUAGAAUCCGUAUAACACGUACGAACAUUCUUCUCCAAGAGACCAUCGUUUAAACUUCAACGGAGAAGAAAAUGAUCAAAGCGUUGAGGGCAAAAUCGCCAGGAACAAUCGCCCCAGGGAAAUGAGCCAUCAGGGAUACCGAGGUGAACCAAACAUGAUUUCAAAAUUCAUGAAUUUCAUUUCAGACAAACGCGGCUGGGAGGAGAAUAACAACUACCAGAAGAAGAAUUACAACUAUCGGCAAAGGAAAUCGAACAGUGUCCAUGAGACGUCGCCGUCGUGCCAUGGAUCCGAUGGGACCUUCUCCCGAGAUCCUACCGUCAAUAAAUCCAAUAAUAAUCCUAAUCAUAGCAGUAAUAAGGUCAGUUUUUUCUUUUCUUCUUCCCGAAAUUUAAAAAAAAAGAUGAGAAAACAGCUCUUAUCUCAAAAUUUUCCGUAUCGCAUAUAAUCGUAUAGCUUUCCUAAAUUGCAACUGUCAUUUUUUUUAUGAAAGAAAAAUGUUAACCAAGCGUUUUUGAAGUUUUUUAAAGAUACUGAAAACUUUGACCUAUCAAAAAUGCAUGCAUGAAAACUUCGAAAUGAUAAUUUUUUCAAAUCCUCAUGAACAAAAAAAUAUUGCAGGGCGGAAAGCGCAACAGCGUCACUCCGAUCAUUCCCCAAGUUCAGGCCUUGGACAUCAACAAGGCCACCGCCAGUGACGGCGACGGCAAAGCCGAAAAAAUCCUCUGUGAAUAA